GAACAUGCUCAGUAGCUCAGUAGCAGCUUGAAGCGCAUCGCCAGCGGUGAACGGAGCAAUGGCCAUGGACGACUACGAUGAUGAUAUGAGCAGCGUGGGCGUGACCACGGCCCGAAUCGAGAACCAACAUCAUCAUCAUCAGCAGCAGCAGCAACAUGGACACCACCAACAGAGCCAGUACAGCGCGGGGGCGGUGAAAGUGGGCGGGUGGCGGUACGAGGAUGCGAGUCGCUACAUCGGCGAGUGGAACCAGCGCGGACAGAAGCACGGCAUCGGUCAUCUGCAGUUUGCCGAUGGCACCCGAUACGAUGGCCAGUUCCAGGAGGGUCUCAGCCAAGGAGUGGGCUGCCUCUGGUUUGCGGAUGGCGCCAAAUACGAGGGCGAAUUUCAUCAGGGAUGGUUCCACGGCAAUGGGAUUUUCUGGCGGGCUGAUGGCAUGAAGUACGAGGGCGAGUUUCGUGGCGGCAAGAUCUGGGGCCUGGGACUAUUGACGUUCCAGGACUUCACGCACGGUUUUCCCAGGAACGAGGGCUUCUUCCAAGACUGCCGUUUCAUGAGAAGGCGUCGAUGUCCCGAGGUGGUGCAGCGGGCUCAGAAGUGCGCUCUAAUGGCCCGCUCCCAGUGCGAACACCCCUACUAAUCAGAGGCAGGACUUGCAGGACUCUAAUGAUCAAUACCGAAAUGUAACCCAUGGCCCAUCUUCAAAUCGAAAAUAUGAAUACAUCUUAAGAAAAUCAUGUUGGAUUACUAUGGUUAAUACAAUCUAUAAAAGUGAUUUAAAAG